AUGGCUAUCCUGCUAGGAAAAUUCCGAGGCAACUCUGCGUCCGGGAAUGGCUCCCAGUCUUCAGCACCCCCCAAAAGGGAUCCUGUGCCUCCUCCUUUGACGCCUCUGCAGAAAAUGCUGCUGGACGCCGGGCCCGUGCGGGAUGAUGGGAGCGAUAAGUUUUUUGGCAUGGAGAACGUAAGACUCCCAUCGCUUCCGAUGCCAGAGGUCGACGGUGCUAACGGUGGGCAGGCGCAAUUCGGCAACACUUGCUACUGUAAUUCUAUCCUCCAAUGUCUUUAUUAUUCCGUUCCUUUCCGAGAGUCCGUCAUCAAUUACCCUCGACGGUCACCCCCAGACGUCCUUCAGAAUGCUCUUAGAAAUAAUCUACGGUAUCCUGACCCAAGCGUCCCCCUUGACGAGCUCCUUAAGCCAAAACCACCGCCUACUACCCCUGGAAAGCCUAGUAAUUCGCCUCUCCAAGUACAGAAGCCCGAGGACAAGAAUUCAGCGGAAUACAAGAAGAAGGUGGCUUUACACACGUUGCCAUUGCUGGAGACGACGGACAAUUCUGCGAGUUAUGGGAUGAAAGAGUCACUUUUCACCUCUCUAAAGGAUCUGUUUGAAGCCGUCAUUGCCAGCCCCGAACGAGUCGGCGUGAUUCGUCCUUAUCAUUUUCUGGAGAUCCUGCGACGAGAACAUGAAAUGUUCAGAACGACCAUGCACCAGGAUGCCCACGAAUUCCUUAACUUGCUGCUCAACCAAGUUGUAUCCAAUGUUGAGGACGACGUCGUCCUGCUGUCGGAUGCCGACGAGCAAUCGGAUAACAGCGAGGAAACAUCCGAGGGAACAUCCGAAGAAACGGCCACCGACGGCUCUGUUUCAACUCUCCCAUCCAAUGGCGUAAAAUCAUCGCGAAACACUCGAUGGGUCCAUCAGUUGUUUGAAGGUACGCUAACUUCAGAAACUCAAUGCCUCACGUGCGAAACGGUUUCGCAACGAGACGAAGUGUUUUUGGAUUUAUCAGUCGAUCUCGAAGAGCACUCCUCGGUGACGGCAUGUCUACGAAAAUUUUCCGAAGAGGAAGUCCUUUGUGAACGCAAUAAGUUCCACUGCGACAACUGUGGCGGCCUACAAGAGGCGGAGAGAAGAAUGAAGAUUAAACGCUUGCCCAAAAUUUUAGCACUCCAUCUUAAGAGGUUUAAAUAUUCUGAAGAUCUAGACCGACUGCAAAAGCUAUUUCAUAGGGUGACUUAUCCCUAUUAUCUACGUUUGUUCAACACCACCGAUGAUGUCGAGGACCCAGAUCGUCUCUACGAACUCUAUGCCGUAGUGGUCCAUAUCGGCGGUGGGCCAUACCACGGACAUUAUGUUGCUAUUAUUAAAACCGAGGAUAGAGGCUGGCUUCUCUUCGACGACGAGAUGGUAGAGCCUGUCGACAAGAGUUUCGUUCAAAAUUUCUUUGGAGAUCGUCCUACCCUAACUUCUGCGUACAUACUUUUCUAUCAAGAAACGACCGACGAAGCGAUGCAGCAGGAAUUAGCAAAGGAGAACGCAGCUAGUGCUCGAGAUACUCCGGAAACAAAAGAUGGUGUUGCUCCGUUGGUGAAGCCGAACGGUCAUCCCGUUCGUCCCAUGAAGCUUGACCGAAGUCAGACUGCUACGGAUGCAGUACCAACCCUGGAUAGCGCCCGUCUCUCACCUAUCAAGCCGACGCCCACUGCUCCCUCGCAACUACCCCGCAGCUCUGAAGAGCCGAGCUCUUCGCCCCCAUCUAAUGGGCUAUCAAGACCCUCUCUUUCAUCUCUCAUUCCCAAGGUGGACUUACAUAUAAAACGGCAGCGGACAAAAAAUGACAAAGAACAAGUGAAGGAGGAAAGAGAUCGAAAGGCAGCAGAAAAGGAGCAAGCGAAACUUGAUAAACAAAAGGCUAAACGACAAGAAUUUCAGAGAAAGCAAGACGAGAAGCGGGAACAGGCCUAUAUCAAAGCUGCAAUGGAGGAAAGUAAAAUCACAAAGGCCGAAGAGGAUCGCCGUAACGGCGUUAAAGGCGACAAGGAGAGCGGAUUCUUUGGCCUUAACAAAAUUAAGCUCAGAAACAGGAGUGCGAGUCAGUCAAAGCUUUUUCUUAGGGCAAAGGAGAACGACGUCCCGGAUGUUCCGCCACUGCCCCCUCCCAAUAGCUUGCCAGAAUCGGCCACCGACGUGUCAUCACGAGUGCCUCCAUCCAAUGAGUCAACCGAUGAUGACAAGGCCGACUUUGCAAAUACUACCGCUGUGUCCCUACAGGAACAACAACCUCUGGCCUCUCAUGUUGAGGCUCUGCCGCCUAUCCCAACAAGCGACACGCCUGACUCUCGGGAAACGCCUCAGACGCCGGCUACCCCGAAAAAGACGCGUUUCAAUAUACGAAAAAGAUCCUUCAAUGUAUUCUAA